AUGUCAGCAGAGCACCACUUGUGCCCGGCCGAAACGGCCGAGGAGGGCAUCUAUACUCGCUCUCCCCUCACGGCAACGGAGGAGGCAACACAACUCUUGCCAGGCAGUCGCUUCCUGAGCACGAUGGAGUUCAAGCGCAUCUACCUCGGCGGUGGCACUGUCGGUGAUGCAUCGACGGCGGCGACCGCACGUUGCUCAAGCACGUCCCCGCCUGGCACCUUUGCGGAGCCUGCGCAUCUGUCUUCCCUUUUCACAAGUUCUGCCCCAUGGGGCACACAUGCCAGUCCAUCCCCCCAUGUCAUCCGUGCUCCGCGCAAGCCCGCCACCGACACUGCUGCCCGCUUCCAUAGAAAAGGCGAUGACCGAGGAACAGCGCGUCAGCUCCGGUAUUUGUACGGCGGUGCGGGUGGCCGUAUACGUGUACUGGCAGCGUCUGAAACGCACACAUCCUCAUCUCGACGAACAGCGGCACCAAGACCCUCCGCGGAUGAGCACAGGCCAUAUAGCGCAAAAACGCUAACUAGCGAAGCACCACAGGUCGUUGCGCCAGCUACACUGUACUCAGCGCACACGCCUCUGCCGCACCAGCUGCGCUCGCGUGUGCACUCGGCCCGCCGUGCCACGUCGCCGUCAGUAACGAAGAAGUUCGGCGCGGAGCCCCUGCCUCGUAGCCAGCCGCGCACAGAGGAUGCAUGGUUCGCACUGACGCGUGAGCUGAUGAAUACGAAAAGCGAGGUGCAGAACCUUCAGCAGCAGCUGCAGCACGCGCACGUCCUGCUACGCUCUCUGCACGGCAUCACAGACAACACAGUCGACGAGGGCGCUGAAGCCGCCGACGCGGACGCUAUCGCGGCUGUUGACACGGCAGCAGCCGUGGCCACAAGCAGCAAGUCGACGAGUGGCAGCGCCCCGGAGGUGAGUGGCCCCUCUUCAGAGCUGCCCCGUCCGAGAGAGUACUGGCAGCGACGCGCGUACUUUUUGAUGAAGCAGAACGAGGAGCUGCAGGCGGAGUCUGACCGGCUGCGCCGCGACUCGCGCAGUAGUAAAGUGCGUGCUUUGCUGCAGGAGCUCCAGUCCGUGCGCGGAGCGCUUAGUCGGUAUCGGAGAAAGGCCGGCGUUGCAGCUGCGCCGUCGCUUUCUGCCAAAGAACUGGCAUCGGAGUCUGGUGGCCCAGAAGCUGAUCUAGGCAUCCCUCCGCACGACGACGGAAAGCUGGCAAGCAGUCCUCUGGCACCGCGGCUAACGCAUCGGGGUGGCGCGGCGUCGUCUCUCGAACCCGCCGUUGAUGAUGCGUUUCUCCACCAGAAGGACGACGCCAUCCGCGGGCUGCAAGAGCGUCUUCGCCUGCUGACACGGCAGUACGAGCAGACUGAUGCGAGGCUCAUAGAGACAACGCGAGAACUGGAGGAUAUGACGCACCGCCACUGCGCCAUGCAGGUGGAGUGGAAGGCGCUGGUGGAGCUCCCGCAGGAACUCGCUCGCACGCAGCAGCAGUUAGCCGUCGCCCAGGCGCGCCUCCUCGACUGUGACCGAGAAGUGGCGGCGUUCCACCAGGUGUUCGACACUCAGUCGUCGCCCGCCACGCUGCGCGCCAUAAUUGACGAGCGUGAUCACCUCGUCGAGCUUCUGCAGCAGAGUCACGAAAGCGAGGCAGCCUUGCGCGACGAGGUGAAGGCGGCACAGCAACAGACGGUACAAGCUAUGGAGAAAAGGUAUCAGGUGCAGUGCGCGGAACAACAUGCCAUGGCACGCGAUCGCGAGGCGCAGCAGGAGGAGACAAUACAGAAACUGCGGAAGCGAGUCGCCGCCCUUGAGCACGUGCUGGAGGUGCAGAGAGAAACAUACGAGAGGCAGCUGGCAGAGUACGCGGAGGAGCGUGAGGCGCAGCUGACAGAGCGGCUUCUCGAGUCGCUGCGGCGGCCCGAGACUGGAAUGGAGAGUAUUGCCCUAUCCGCUCCCCGUUCACUUGGUACAGCUGCGUCGGUGCGGCCCACGCUGCCAGACGGGCAGCCACCCACGACUGGUGUCCCCCGUCUUGCGGCAUGCGAGGCGUCACUACUGGCGACACCGACAAGUGCCUCAUCGUCGCUACGCUGUCCAAGCGCCGAGCACGCACAGACGGACCCGAUGCUGCGGACAACCAGUUUCCUUGAGAGUGUGACGUCGCCCUGCAGAGCAGGAGGCGCCGCGACUGCCACAGCUGCGCAAGACGACGACGCCUCUCCCACCGACAGAGUCGCAGGCAAGUCCACACUCUCUUUCAUGCCGGAUACAGCCGACAGCAACUCCAGCUAUGACUCACUAACCGGCGACAGCCAAGACGACGUGACGUCGCUUUCCUCUGCGUCGGCGCGUCAAUCGCGUCGCCUCAUCGGUGGCUCGACCUCUUCCACGACGCAGACACGUGGCGGUGAGCGUGUGCGCGACGUCACGGUGCGCAAAGAGCUGGUGGACGACUGCGCUGCUGCUGCGACAGACGAAGCGAGGGUUACAACGGCCUCCUCGAGCUCCACGGAUGACUACAGCGACGGCGAAGGUAGCCAUGGCAAUGACGAAACAGUAGAGAAGGCCAGCGGACCAGACUCAGGUUCCUCCGUCGUCUCCUCGGCAGACUCUUCCCUCCAGCUCACUUCCUGCGCCGAGGGCGCCGCCAAGCAGCAGCAGACUGUCCCGAACACGAUUAGCACCGCCCCCACCAAGACCCACAGCUACGUCAUUGAUCUCCCUACACCGCCGAUUGCCGUGGGUUCACCAGUUUCCAUCCUUAUCAACCGCACCACCAUGACUGGCCCCCUGUUCUCCUCCAGUGUGCGGGCUGUGGUGCACUCGCCCGACGUCAGCUCACAGCGGACAGCGUCGGCCGCAGACCUCACCCACACACAGCAGACGCUGCCAGGUAUCAGCGAGGCCACGAGCAGCGGCUCAUUCUUGGCCUCUUCCUCAACUUCUUUUGCGUUGGACUCGCCGCAUUCCGGCGACGAUGAUGGCCGAAGCCCCCGUGCAGAUUCCUACCAAAGUGAGCCACACGGUGGCCCGCUGCAGCAGAUGGAAAAAGGCGGCGUAGCGAAGUUCAACAGCAGCACCGGCUCUGAGUCAGCAGCGCUGGCGGAGGCUGCCACGCGGCGGAUGCCGUCUCUACCCGAUCCCAAUGUUGUGGUGCCGCUCCCAACGUUCCCUGCGGGGCGGCAGUCGCCUGAGUCGGAGGACGCGGUCGCGACGGCUCCGUUCGCGGCGGCGCCGCGCGCAAAUGAGUGGCGAUCUUCCCUUUCGUUCGUCUCCUCUCCCGGCGCCAACGCGGCGACGACCGCGCACCCACGGGGCGGUGUGCCGAUCCCGUCUCCUAUCGCUGUUACUCCAGCUGUUGCCUCGACUUUGUACCAGCAGCGACGCAGCAGCUCGUUUAUGGUGACUGGCGCCUACAGCGACGACGACUUCGGCGGCGGUGGUGCAGGGAUGGGUCGAGGCGGGGUGAGUUCCCGCAUGCUCAGCACCGACCACAGCACGACCGUCGAUCUCACCAAUCAGUACUCUGGCAGCGCCUCUUUUGAUUUUGCGGGGGCCCUUGCGGAGCGUCACCGCCUGGAGGACAUGCAGAACGCAUUUUUAUCUUUUCGGCGGUCGUCGACCGCGAAUGUAGCCAUUGGUGGCGACGUCAGCGGGGAGACGUCUGCCUUCCCAAUGGAGGGGUCUGGGAACACCAACAGUGGGCGGUUUGCUGUGAUGGGGACAGGGGCGGUGGGGCUGCGCAAGACCCCAUCCCCUCUCGGCUCCGAUGCCUUGGAAGUGAGCGAGCACGUUCUCUUUGCAAGCUAUCAGAACGACGACGCAAAGGACACGGGAGCAACGGCAGCCAUCUCAAAUGCCUUGCGGCAAGGUGAGGAUCGGGCCUCAGGCGAGGGCGGGAGUGCCGGCUCUGUGGACGUGCCCUACCCUGACGAUGACGAAGACAUGACCUCCAGCAUCUCUGCCGACCGCGUCACUGCCGGGACGCGUGAGCGAGAAGAGGCGCCCCUUGCCGAUGCGCUUCCAUACACUGCUCCCACCGGCGGCAGCGCUCGUAGCAGGGUACCAAGCGAGGAUGCUUUAGCGGCGAAGAGCCCAGCGCCGGAAAUGAUGCAAAGCAAUCUUGCUGUAGAUGCUGCCCGUGACGCCUCCUCUUCUCCCAUGGCGAUUGCCUCGUCACUUGGGAGCUAUGGCGACCUCGCUUCAAGCGCGAAGACGCCCCCGCCGGAGGAGCAAGCAAUAUUGUCUUUUGGCUUUGAGGACGUGGGCACAGCGACGUUGCAGGCCGGGGACGUCAAAUCCGCUGCGCCGCCUGCUGCCGCCGCGAUCACCGAAGCGGCUGCCGUGCCAUCUUUUGUGCCUCUUCCCCCGAGAGUGGCGGUGCCUGCGCCGCCCUCCACCUAG